UGGGUAUCAUAGUACCAUGUCAGACGUGUACAUCAGAGAACAUGAAACCUCUUCCACUGCGCUUCCUCGGGUGAUGCCCUCUCCAAAGUCUUCCAGGAUACCCGUCCCCUUCUUCUACUCCCCUAGCGACGACGGUACCGACGAGAAUCUCCUCAUUCUUCUUCACGGCCUGGGUGACACCCACAAGCCAUUCUCAAAUCUUGGUCACCGCCUUAAACUGCCGCAGACCGCUAUCCUCGCCCUCAGAGCGCCGGACCAGAUCCCGUAUCUAUACGAAGAAGCCUUUCAAUGGUAUGAUUCAUUCGACCCGCUCGGCGAGCUCAUUCGAUAUCCCAACCCUACCCCCGCAUUGAAUCUGAUGAAACAGGUCCUGCAGCAUUUGGUAAACGACUGUGCCUGGCGAGAAGACAGACUCCAUCUUUUUGGUUUCGCUCAGGGUGGAAGCGUCGCGGCGGAAUUUGGGUUGAGUUGGUGGAAGGAACAGAAAGGGAAAUUCGGCUCGAUAGUGUCUGUCGGUGGUCCACUUCUCUCGUAUCCCACGAUUGAAGAUCUGUCCCCGACGCCUCUACUUGUUGUACACCGCGUUUCACCGGACGAGCCAUCAUUACCUCGCGAUGCUAUGGUUGCAUUCAAGAGGGCGUAUCAAUCAGUCAGUGGUGAGACACUAGACGGGAGGAGAUCUGGGAUGCCAUCAUCGAAGGAUGAGUGGGAACCUAUUAUGCAUUUCUGGAGUGAAAAGUUGAGCAAAAGGCAAAUAGAUGGGUUGUAUGAAGUAAUGAGUGGAAUGGUGCCACCAUCGUGAUCCAAGGGCCUCUUCGAGAAUCAGUCGGCGAAGACGGGAACGCAGAAUACAGAUGGAAAAUCAGAAUGCACCAUUGCAUCAAGCGUUCUCGUUUUCCUGUUCUAUAUAACGUACGUGUGUGUAGUUGUAUCGUUUCUGAAGUAGUAUGACAUUGAAUAGAAGGAUACGAAGGGAAGCGCUCAGGCUGCUGACCGG